AUGACGGACCAAGACCCCUCGGCCAUGUAUGGCCUCGAAGAUUCUAAUAGUCAAGGGACCUCUUCCGCCCUUGAUAACAACAGCAACACCAAUCUCGUCGAUAACGUCACACCCCAAACGAAUACCCAAUUUCCUACGCCAACGUAUCUCGUCCCCGAGCACUUGGGCAACAGGAAGCGCAAGUCGUCGGCCGACAUCGACGACGACGAUGACGACGACGACGGCACCCAGCCAGUCAAGAAGACGGCGCAUAACAUGAUCGAGAAGAGGUAUCGGACAAACCUCAACGACAAGAUCGCCGCCCUCCGCGACAGCGUGCCGAGUCUGCGCAUCAUGUCUAAGAGUGCGAGGGGCGAGGAUACCACCGAAGACCGCGAGGAACUACACGGACUAACUCCGGCCCAUAAAUUGAACAAGGCUACCGUCUUGAGCAAAGCCACCGAAUAUAUACGGCAUCUGGAGAAGAGGAAUAAUCGUCUCCUGGACGAGAACCACGCGAUGCAACAGCGCAUCGCUGCUUUCGAGAAGUUGUUCAUGGCUGGAUAUGAAGCGCAUACCCAGGCGCAAAUGGGCCAGCAGCCCUAUCCCGUACCGCAGCAACCAUACAAUCCCAACCCGGCCGCCGUCCGACAGCAACAGAUCCAGCAAAUGCAGCAGAUGCAGCAGGACAGAUGGCGAAGCUCUGCCCCUUAUCUCGGCAAACUCAUGGUUGGAUCCCUCGCGGGCCUGAUGUAG